CAAAACAGACGUCUUGCAACACCUGACUUCUCGACUACAAACAAACCGAGUGUUUAAGCAGAAAGCCAAUACAAUGAGGCUAGUCAUUCUGGACGACUAUGAGCUGGCCAGUGAGUGGGCAGCAAAAUACAUCCGCAACAGAAUCCUCCAGUUCAAGCCCUCUGCAGAGAGAUACUUCACCCUGGGCCUGCCCACAGGGAGUACUCCCUACGGCUGCUACCAGAAGUUAAUUGAAUACUACAGAAGUGGAGAUAUUUCAUUCAAACAUGUGAAAACCUUCAACAUGGAUGAAUAUGUAGGUCUACCUCGUGCUCAUCCAGAGAGCUACCACUCCUACAUGUGGAACAACUUCUUCAAGCACAUUGACAUUGACCCAGCCAACGCUCACAUCCUGGAUGGAAACGCAGAGGACCUGGAGGCAGAGUGUCAGGCCUUUGAACAGAAGAUCGCAGAGGCUGGAGGGAUCCAGUUAUUUGUAGGAGGUAUUGGCCCUGAUGGUCACAUUGCGUUCAAUGAGCCUGGCUCCAGCCUCGUCUCCAGGACCAGAGUGAAAACCCUGGCGAAGGACACCAUUGUGGCCAAUGCCCGUUUCUUUGGUAACGACCUCUCCAAGGUUCCCACCAUGGCUCUCACGGUCGGGGUAGGAACCGUCAUGGACGCCAAGGAGGUGAUGAUUCUGAUCACAGGAGCACACAAAGCCUUCGCUCUGUAUAAAGCCAUAGAAGAGGGGGUCAACCACAUGUGGACGGUAUCAGCCUUCCAGCAGCACCCACGUACCAUCUUUGUCUGUGACGAGGACGCAACGCUGGAGCUCCGGGUCAAAACUGUGAAGUACUUCAAAGGUUUAAUGCAUGUUCAUAACAAGCUGGUGGACCCAGUGCUGAGCAUGAAGGACCAGUAAAACACAAGAAGAUCACCAAGGAAGAGAACUGAAGACGUCAAGAUGGUCAGAGGUCACCUGGAUCCAUCAUGAAUGGACAGCAUUAUUACUCUGGUCCUGUUCUGUGUUCUGAGGACCCGCCGAGCCAGUGUUUGACUGAAUAUCCUUAAUGUGCACAGUGUUUAUUCAUAGACUGAAUCUGCCUUUUGGAUAAUUACAGUUACAGAUUCUUUAAGAGAGAGAAAUGAUCAGGUCACCUUGUAUUUCAGUGGAGCUGAAGCUCUUCCUGUGUGUUUGGUGUUAGGACUUUGACGGUUAGUUUUACAUGUCAUGACGGUAAAGUGAACCCAGAGUGUCUCAGUGCUCUGUAGAUGAAACAGCACAGUAUAUACUUCAGAACGUUUCUCAAUGUUAGCUUUGUUUUUGUUUUUUGUUUUUUCCCCAUAAAUGAUUCACCCCCAGUUAGUGAAUGUCCAGAGGAAGCAAAUAUAAAAGUUGGUAUUAUCUGUAAAUCUGAGAAGCAGUCAUGGAGCUGAGUCAAACGAAUGUCAUCAGAAGUGACCUUUGACUUUGGUCAAACUCAGACAAACUUAGUGCAGGUUUAGAACUCUGAGCUCCUCACAGUGUUGAACCAUCCCUGAAUUUUACUUGAAUUUUGUGAGUGGGUUGUGGUCUGGCAUUCACAGAUAUCUUUUACAGUGUUAAUCCGCUGUCUUGGAAGACCAUGAGAUAUGGUUGAAGGCUCUGAAAAAGCCACUUAUUGAACCUCGACUUGAGAUAAGUUUGUCACAUGUACAGAGCCCAAGGUCAGAAAAGAACCUCAGUUCUCUAAACACCAUGUUCAGCUUAGCAGCUUAGUUUGUUUGAGAUUCUCUGACAAUCUGGCUUUUUUUUUUUUUUUUUUUUUUUUGUUGUUGUUUAUUGCAUGUUUUCUCUGCAGCUUCACUGCUGCAGUUGACUAUCCCACCUCUAAUCUUCUGUCCUGUGCAUGCUAAGUGAACGGUUAACAAAAUGUAAAACAGUCCUGGACAUUAUUUACCCCCAGUGACUGUCAGAUUACUGUCAAGGUUCAUUUCAAAUGACCACAGCAUCUGUUCAUCUCUACACUACAGUCAGUGUGCUUUUGCAGGCGUUGGAAUAUUUCCAGUUUAAUAAUGUGAUUUGUUUCUAUCCUCUGAUUUUGGUCACAGCACUCCUUCCUUGGUUUUCUUUACUUCUCUUGUAUUUCACUCCUCCUGGUUAUCAGGUUGUUACAGUUAGGACUUCUAGCCAGUAUUUUUGCAAAUUUACUGUGGUUUUUAACUUGUUAUUUUCUAAUGACAAUAAUAAAAAAAAAAACUUUGCUAAGAAUCCUUUGCUUCACAAGUCUGAUCUGUUCUGAAAUAAAUUAACAAACAAACCAAACAGUAUUGUGAGUUAAACCACCUUUAGCCAACGUUAUGAUGCAGUUCCCUUGUUUUCCACAGGGG